AUGGAAUUGUUCCAUGGGGGUCCUCAACAGAAGAUGAUGCCAGGAAACGGUCAGCUUUCUGUUCCUCCUGGCUUUCGAUUUCAUCCUACAGAUGAAGAGUUGCUUUAUUAUUACCUGAGGAAGAAGGUCUCUUAUGAAACCAUUGACCUUGAUGUUAUAAGGGACGUAGAUCUCAACAAACUUGAGCCUUGGGACCUCAAAGGUCAGAGCACUUCUCUAUCCUCUUUCUCUUUGUUCUUGGACCUUUAUUUUGUCUAUCUGCAAAUAAAGGAAAAUAUUAUUUGA